AUGACUCGCAAGUCUAAACCUGGCUCAUCAUCUUCUCCAAAACCCACAUCAAGAAAGACCUCAUGGCCUUUCUUUACUAUUCUUCUAAUAGUUGUUGCUCCUGUCUUAGUAGCUACACUCGUUUACCAACUUGACUCGUUUGAACCAGCUCACUUGCCAAUCCACGAGCUGACACAACCACCAUUGAAGGCUUCGAAGAAGAAUGACCACAUGCUUCAAGGUUCAGAGAUUUUGGGUAGAGGGCAGUUGAAGGGAGCAGAAGAUAUUGCGUACGAUAGGAAGUCAGGGAUAAUUUACACGACUUGUGAAGAUGGCUGGAUCAAACGAGUCACGGUCAAUGACUCAGUUUCUGACUCGGUUAUUGAGAACUGGGUCAACACCGGUGGCAGGCCUCUCGGGCUCGUCCUUGGACACAAUAAUGAAGUUUUUGUUGCCGAUGCUUACAAGGGGCUACUGAAGAUAAGUGGUGAGGGUGAAGUGGAGCUACUAACGGAUGAGGCUGAUGGUAUAAAGUUCAAACUCACAGAUGGCGUAGAUAUAGCAGAUGAUGGCACCAUUUAUUUUACAGAUGCUUCUUAUACGUAUCAUCUUCAUGAAUUCAUUUGGGACAUCUUGGAGGGUAAGCCCCAUGGAAGGUUAUUGAGCUAUAAUCCAACAACCAAAGAGACCGAAGCUUUGGCCCGUGAUCUCUACUUUCCUAAUGGAAUUGCAGUCUCACCAGAUCAAGAUUUUGUGGCCUUCUGUGAAACCCCCAUGAGGAGUUGUAGAAGGUAUUACAUACAAGGAGAGAAAAAAGGGCACCUAGAGAAGUUUAUUGACCAUUUGCCUGGCAUGCCCGAUAACAUUCAUUAUGACGGCCAUGGCCAUUACUAUAUAGCAUUAGCCUCGGAAACUACAGCUUUUUGGGAGCUAGCAUUUAAGUAUCCUUUUCUUCGAAAGCUUAUAGGAAUCUUUACGAAGUACGUAGGGGAGGUUCAUGCCGCCAAGUGCAGUGGUGUUUUUGUCGUAGACUUGGACGGAAAACCAGCUGAGCAUUACUAUGAUCCAGGAUUGGCACUGCUUUCGAGUGGGGUGAAGAUUGGAAAUCAUAUAUAUUGUGGUUCCAUCGUCUAUCCCUACAUUAUCCGUGUCGACAUCGAAAAGCAUCCUGCACGAGCUGCUGCAUGA